AGGAAUUAUGUCAAAUAUGCAAGCAAGAACUAUCAAGAAAAAAUAAAGAUAAUGUCUUCUCACAAAAUGUAUAGAGGUCAUGACAGAAAUAAAAGGUGAACUUGAAAGAAGAAAAUAUUGAGCAUGAUCUUUAAUUUUAAUGUUACAGUAUUAAUUUUUUACUGUCUAUCAACAGUAUUAAUUUUUUACUGUCUAUCAUACAUUGUUUAUUUGUGGUUUACUUGGUCUGUUAAAAUUGAAUCCAUGAGUCAGUAGGUCACAGGAUAUCAGAAUAUUAUUUAAGAGAGGGCGUUGACCUUUUCACCAGUCAUUUGGAAAAUCAAAAGCUUUGAUUAGAAAAUGCUGACAUUAAAAGCCUUUUAUGAAGUCUAACUAAGCAACAAUGGCAUAAAGAUGUCACACAGAUCAGCCAAUCUUGUCACAGCAACAUGAUAAAUUCAAGAAGUGCUGUAUGCAGAAAAAGCUUGAGCAAACAAAACAAUAAAAGAUAUCUGGCAGGAAAAAACUUAAAACAUAGGAUUGCAUAAUAUUAAAUAAUAAUUCUAGAGUCAAGUUAUUUUCUGAUGAAGAAUUUAUAGUAUGAUUUAAUCUUUAAUGUCAAAAACUUGACCUCAAUAUUAUGAUAAAUCAGUAUUCAUAAAUAUAAAAAGUUAUUUUGUAAAAUUAAUUUCAAUUAUUUAAAGCUGACUUUUUGUUUACAUCUUAGACAUGAAGUUGCCCAAGAAAGUCAGCAGCUUCGCCGAGAUGUUGAAAAUCUUGAAAACGCACUAAUGCUCCACUACAGGUACCAAUCAGAAACUGAAAACAGUGUGAGAGGGAUGAUCAGGUAAGUACAACUAUGUUUGAAAUACCUACUAUUAUGUACACUAUAUUUUCAUCAAGUGGACCAUGAUCACUUCAAAACGGUAUGAGUUACAACACUGUUAAAUCCAACGGCUUACCAUUUUGAUCGACAGAAACGAAAUAGCAGGUUCACGCUGGGAGCAUGGUGGUGAGGGCAAGCUGACCACAUACAGAUCAAACAAAGACCUCAUCCAGCAAGAUGCUGGCCAUCUGAGGGCAGGGCAAGGAAAGAAAAUAAGG